ACCAAAGCCACGUGCAUUGUCACUUCCAACUUUAGAAAAUUUGUAUUUAUAUAAACAAGUUUUAUCUAAUUAUCAGUUUUGUUAUUUUGUCUUUAAUCUCACUUCACCGUCUCUCUCACUCAAUCUCCGUGAUUCUUCUCCGACGUUGAUAACAAAACAAUCCUCGAAAUCUCCGGCGAUGGGUGGUUGUGUCUCCUCCAACCUCCUUAAUCCGACCGAUGACAACAACUUCUCUCACCUCACCAGCUCCUCCUUAAGCCACCAUUUCGUCAAGCUAACUUCCACAACUUAUGGUCUUCUCAAUCUCGACUCUUCACUUCCUCCGCCGCCUCCUUCCUCCUCCGCCGCUACCUCCGCUAUAUCGCCGAUGACUCCGCCUGAGAGAUUCACUAUCAACGGUAAGGAGGCGGCGAUGAUGGUUAAGUCUGAGCCGACGACGGAGGUUAUUAACUUCUGGGAGCUAAUGUCAGGUCUCGACGGCGAUACUUGUCGAUUCUCUCCGAUUCCGGUGAAAUGUGAUGUCUUUUCCGGCGGAUUAAACAAAGAGAACUCCGAUCCUAAUUUGAAAAACCCUAACGAUUACGAGGUUUUGAAACCGUUAGAUCCGAAACUAGCGGAGGAAUCUGAGAAAUUGUGUGACGGCGGAGAGAAUCGUGUUGUGAUUUACACGACGUCGUUGCGCGGUGUGCGACGGACGUUUGAGGCGUGUAACGCCGUGAGAGCUGCGAUUGAGAGUUUUGGUGUAGUAAUCUGUGAGAGAGAUGUGUCAAUGGAUAGAGGAUUUAGAGAAGAGUUAUCGAAUCUCAUGGCGGUAGAAAGAACCGGAGAAUCGACGGUGGUGUUGCCGCCUCGGGUUUUCGUGAAGGGGAAGUACAUUGGUGGAGCAGAGGAAGUGAUGAGAUUGGUUGAAGAAGGAUUGCUUGGUGAAUUGCUUAAAGGGAUUCCGAAGAAGAAAGAUCGGUGUGGCGGCGGUUGCGAUGGUUGCGGCGGAUUAGCGUUUUUGCCGUGUUCGGGUUGUAAUGGAAGCUGUAAAGUGGUGGAAGGAUGGGGUAAUGAGGCUGUAGUGGUGAAGUGUAUGGAGUGUAAUGAGAAUGGUCUUGUUCGUUGUCCGAUUUGCAGCUAAAAUAAUACACUAGUAAUAAUCUCGAAUUUGGAAUCAUAUAUCUAAUACUACUACUACUACUGUUAGAGUCUAUCUGUGUCAAGAUUAUGCUGAAACUAAGGCAAAGAUCUUGGUUGUGGUAGAGAUACGUUCUUUGUUUGUUGGUUAGUUUACAUAAAAUCAAUACAAAGUGUUUGUGUUCUUUGUUA